AGCUCUACACGACGACUCCAACCUAACCUCACCAAACCGGCAACGAAGAACAGUGUGGAGCAGACAGCUGUUUCACUGCGCCCCCUUUAAAAAAAUCCUCGAAAAUAGCUUUUUCCUACGUCUUUUCUUGUGCUUUCUUUUCAUAGUUGAUAGGCGCUCUCUUCUCACUUCCUUUGUUCUUUCGUUCAAGCAUACAGAACUUUUUAAAUCAUCUGUGUGCGUACUCGCCCCGAAAGAAACCGCGCGCAAUUUCGCUAACCUUAUACAAAACAGCAUCAACAGCAGCAGCGUCAAAUGGAUUACGGAGAAGCUAUUGUGAAGCGGCGCCCGUCGCGCCCGCAGGUGCACCCCGAGCCGCUGGACGAGCCCCACGCCACCGCACCGCGGCACGGGGACGAGGAAACUACCGGGGCGGCCGGUGGAGUCGAGGCACCGGUACACUACCACGGCGACGCCGCCGAAGAGGUCGCGCCGUCGCGGCCGACCAGCAAGCCUUCCGCGGUCACCGCCGAGCGCCGUGGCGAGGCGGAGGCGGAGAGCGACGACGACGACGCCCGGUCCACCUCGCCCACCGACGAAGAGGAGGGUGCGGCGGCCCACGACGGCCUCGAAGAGGCUGCCACCGCACCACCGCCACCACGGCCGAUGAAGACGGCCCGCCCGCGCGAUGCGAAGGCGAAGAACUCGGCGAAGACGGAGAAGGCGAAGCGCGCCAAGAAGGAGGCGGAGACCGCACCUGGCGCUGCGGCUGCUGCUGCGACGGCGACGCCUGCGGCGCCAAAGAAGAAGAAGCCCACGCAUCGGGUAAACCUCGCCAACGUGGAGAAGCAGCCCCCGGUCGCGGAGGGUGUCAACACUCCACGUAGCAUUGCGGUGUGUGAAAAGCACGGCGUCAACCCUGCCGAGCUGGCGCACUACCCCAAGGAGCACUUCAAAGGCGCCGGGGUGGAGGAUGAGGUCGUCGAACUGCGCUACCACAGCUACGAGAAGCGCCGUAAGGCCCGCAUGGCGGAGCUGAUGCCGGACUACCGCGCUGCAGUGAAGCACAGCACUCCGCGCCCGCUUACUCCCGCGGAGGACGUCGACGCGAAUGCACCAGCCGCCGCGCAAGCGGAGGAGGAGAAAGAGGAGACCCAGCGCACCACGACGGGGCCGAUGGACGACGAGGAAAAGAUGCGCCGCCAGUUCGAGGCCCAGCACCAGCGUCUGCUCGAACAAGAACGCCGCAAGGCGAACGGCGGCAGCGGUGGCUACGACUUCGACGGCUACCGCCGCGGCUCUGCCGGGGCCAGCUAUCCGCGUGGCACGUCACCGAGCCGGCGUUCCGUCAGCACCGCUGGUCUCGGCCGACUCACCGUCGACCAGCCCUACAGCGCUGUCAAGAUCUACAGCCAGAGCAUAGCUGAGGAGCGCCCGCUGACGCAGAACGAGGCCGUCAUGAUCGAGGAAAUCAACGAACGUGAGGCCCACCGCCUCGACACGCAGGAACGCGCUGUCAUUAUUCGUGAGAACAAGGAGCUCAUACACGUGGAGCGGGAAUUGGAAAAGGAGCGCCGCACCACAGCCAACGUGCGGGCGAAGGCCCAAGAGCGCGAGCGCAUCCAGUAUGAGCUCUUCAAACACACCAAUGACCGCUACCAAGAGGCCUUCGCACGUCGUCAGAACCUCGAGGAACAGCGACAGGCGAAGUUGAUGGAGAGCAUCGCGGAGAAGGACGGUCACGCCCACUCCAACGGCCGGUACGCUUCAUUGAUUUCCCGCAGUCGCCAGAGCGGCUCGUUGACGCGUCGUCGCUCUAGCAACUCCGACGCUCAGCCGCAGGUACAGCCCACGGAGGAGCGCGAAGGAGGAGCGAACGAGUAG